CUGAGUUGCCUGGCGAACAUUCCGUCCGAUUCCAACCACCGACCAAAACCUUCUCAAACCCCUCGGCUGCCGCCAUGCGUCGAUCUCCCGCCGACCGCCCCUUCCGCCCGCCGGAUCGGGGUUCGCUGCCGCCGCACCGCUCACAGCAGCAGCGCCAGCCGCAGCCGCAGUCCGCCGCGAUCCUCCUCCUUCGCGCGGGCCCCGAUUUCUCCUCCCCGGCCGCCACGGAGGUCGACGCGCUCGUCGCCGGCCUCCGCCCCGACAGCCUCUCCGUCUUCUCCUCCGGCCGCCACGCCGCUCGCCUCAUCUUCCGCUCCCUCCCUGCCGCCGCGGCCGCCGCGCGCGACCUCUGGUCGCUCCGCCUCGAGGGCCGCCACCUCCUCACGCCGUACACCCCCGACCCCGUCUUCGCCGCGAAGGCAUUCCCCCUAAUCUCCUCACUCUUCGCCUCCCACGCCUCCCGCCUCCUCGACUCCGACCUCGUUUCCCGUCUAGCCGCCCGCUCCGGGCAGCUAGCAGCCUCCGUCCAGUCUGUCAAGCACCGCUUGCGCAUCAGCCGCAAUAGCCUCCGCGACUUCGAGCAGCUCAGUCUCCAGAGGAAAACUCUGGAGGCUGACAAGGAUAUGUUAGACGCUAAAAUUGCCGAGUAUAAAGCAGCAAUGAUGUCGAUACGGCGUGCGAUGCUAAGUGAGACGGAUGAAGAGAAGGAGGUGGACGAGGAGGAGGAGGGGGUUGACCUGUUUGGGAUUGUGGAAGGUGAGGAUGUGGAUUUUGCGAGGGUGCACACGAUGAUGCUGCGCGAAUGCAGGCGGCUCAACGAGGGGCUACCGAUCUAUGCAUACCGUAGAAAAAUUCUCAAUCACGUAUUCACUAACCAGGUUAUGAUCCUAAUCGGGGAAACUGGUUCUGGGAAAAGCACACAAUUGGUUCAGUAUCUUGCUGACUCAGGUCUUGCUGCCGAGGGUACAAUUUUCUGUACCCAACCUCGAAAGAUUGCUGCUAUAACGUUGGCUCAUAGAGUAGAUGAAGAAAGCAAUGGCUGCUAUGCACACAAUUUUGUGUCGUCAUGUUCAACCUUUCCUGGUUCUCGGGGCUUCAGUUCAAAGAUCAUAUUUGGCACAGAUAGUUAUCUUUUACAUCACUGCAUGAAUGAUAUGGGCCUGGAUGGCGUUUCAUACAUUAUUGUUGAUGAAGCUCAUGAAAGAAGCUUGAACACCGAUCUUCUCUUAGCUUUGAUAAAGAAGAAACUGCUUGAUAGGGUGGAUUUGCGACUCAUUAUAAUGUCUGCCACUGCUGAUGCUAAUAGACUAGCUGAAUACUUUUAUGGCUGUCAAACAUUCCAUGUUAAAGGGCGAAAUUUUCCUGUUGAAAUUAAAUAUAUCCCAGACGUAUCAGUGGAUGCUUCCUUCAAUACUGUGCCAAACUCUGUGAAUGAUGCUUGUGCUACUGCUUCUUAUGUCAAUGAUGUUGUUAGGGUGGUAGGUGUGAUUCACAAGAAUGAAGAAGAGGGUGCCAUACUUGCUUUUUUGACAUCUCAACUGGAAGUUGAGUGGGCCUGUGAAAACUUCAGCGAUGCAAGUGCUGUGGUACUUCCUAUGCAUGGAAAGCUUUCCCAUGUAGAACAGAGUCGUGUUUUCAACAGCUAUCCGGGUAAGAGAAAAGUUAUCUUCUGCACGAAUAUGGCUGAAACUUCACUGACCAUCAAAGAAGUGAAGUAUGUUGUUGACCCUGGACUGGCCAAGGAGAGCAGAUUUGUGCCUAGUAGCGGUCUCAAUGUGCUGAAAGUAAAUUGGAUUUCCCAAAGUUCCGCUAAUCAACGUGCUGGCCGGGCCGGUCGAACAGGGGCAGGGAAGUGUUACAGGCUUUACUCUGAAUCUCACUUCAGAAUGAUGGAAGUGCAUCAAGAACCUGAGAUCCGGAAAGUUCAUCUUGGCACUGCUGUUCUGAGAAUACUUGCUUUGGGUGUUAGGGAUGCACAGAAUUUUGAGUUUGUUGAUGCCCCAAAUCCAGAAGCAAUCAAUAUGGCUUUGAAGAACCUUGAACAAUUGGGUGCUAUCAAAUGUAAAUGUAAUUUGUUUGAGCUGACUGAUACUGGACGCUACCUGGUCAAAUUGGGAAUUGAGCCAAGGCUUGGCAAAAUUAUGCUUGAUUGCUUUGAUUCUGGUUUGAGGAAGGAAGGUGUAAUUCUAGCUGCUGUUAUGGCAAAUUCUAGCAGCAUAUUUUGUAGAGUGGGCACUAAUGAGGAGAAACAUAAAGCUGACCUUCAGAAGGUCCGACUGUGUCACCAAGAUGGAGAUCUCUUCACUUUACUCGCUGUUUAUAAAAAAUGGGAAGAUGGGCAUGGAAACAGGAAUCUGUGGUGCUGGCAGAACAGCAUCAACGCCAAGACCAUGAGGAGGUGCCAGGAAACUAUAUCAGAGCUUGAAAAUUGUCUAAAGCAUGAACUCAACAUUAUUGUCCCUAGUUAUUGGUGUUGGAAUCCUGAGGUUCCCUCUAUGCAUGAUAAGUUGCUAAAGAGAAUUAUUCUAUCGACUCUUACAGGUAAUCUUGCUAUGUUUUUAGGACAUGAAAAGUUUGGUUACCAGGUGAUUUCAACAGAUCAGGCCGUGAACCUUCAUCCCUCAUGCUCAUUGCUCAAUUAUGGCAUCAAGCCAGAGUGGGUGGUGUUUACAGAAAUAUUAUCAGUCCCAAAUCAGUAUUUGGUAUGCGUAACUGCUGUUGAUUGUGAUGAGUUGUAUGCAAUUCAUCCCAUGUCAUUCAUUCAGCAACUGGAGAAACAUAAACUGCAGAUAAAAGUGAUUAGUGGGCUUGGUCGUGCUUUGCUGGGAAGGUUUUGUGGCAAAUAUGGCCAAAAUCAGCAAAGGAUAAUCUCACGUCUCAAGGAAGAAUGCAGGGAUGACCGAAUAACAGUUGAAAUUAACUUCGAAAACAAUGAAGUUGUGCUAUUUGCUACAAAACAGGACAUAGAAAAGGUCUUUUGCAUUGUUAAUGGUGUUUUGGAAUGUGAAGGUAAGAUGUUGAGGAACGAGUGCCUCCAGAAAAGUUUAUUUCCCAGUAGGAUUGGCAGUUCUCCUCUUGCAUUGUUUGGCUCGGGUGCUGAAAUCAAACAUUUGGAACUUGGGAAGAGGUAUCUAACAGUAGAAGUUCUCCAUCAAAAUGCCUGUGAUAUCAAUGAUAAGGAGCUUAUUUUUUUGGUGGAUAGUCUGAUCUCUGGUGUCGCUAAUUUUCAUAAAUCAUCUGGGAACUUCCGUAUAGCCUCAGAUGAAACUAAAUGGGGGAAGUUUACAUUCCUCAAACCUGAAGGUGCUGAAGAGGCUGUUUCAAAAUUGAACGGAAUGGAAUUUCAUGGUUCCUCAUUAAAAGUGGUUCCAGUAUGUUCAGAUAAUCGAGGAUUACCAUUUCCUGCGGUAAGAGGUAGACUAUCAUGGCCAUGUAACCCAAACAGGGGACGUGCACUUGGUACCCAUUUGCUCAGGCUAGUUGUCCCUUCUGUUUCUGCAUGUGAAGAAGCACUGGUUAGAGAAAUUUCUUCGUUCAUGCCAAACAAGAGUUUUCCUGGACAAAAUUUCCGCGUCGAAGUCUUCCCUCCAGAGGAAAACAAUUCAAUGAUGAGAGCAACUAUAACUUUUGAUGGAAGUCUUCAUCGAGAGGCUGCAAGAGCGCUGGACCAUCUUGAAGGAAGCUUUCUUCCUUGUUGUCAACCUUGGCAGAUAAUACGGUGCAAGCAUGUAUUUCAUAGCACUCUGUCCUGCCCAUUACGUGUUUACAAUGUUAUCAGCCAGGAAGUUGCUUCUCUGCUUGAGAGCUUCCGAAGCCAGAAAGGUGUGUCUUACAAUUUUGAAAAGACAGAGAAUGGUAUUUUCCGGUUAAAGCUCACUGCAAAUGCCACAAAAACAAUAGCAGAUUUGAGAAGGCCUCUUGAGAUUUUGAUGAAAGGCAACACUGUAAACCACCCUGACCUGACAUUAAGUGCAGUUCAGCUGCUUUUGUCCCAUGAUGGUGUAGCACAUUUGAAAUCUAUUGAACAAGAAACUGGUACUUACAUGCUUUAUGACAGACAAAGUCUGAAUAUUAAAGUCUUUGGGCACCAAGAUCAGAUGGCUGCAGCAGAGACAAAAUUGGUCCAUGCACUUACAGAGCUUCUUGAGAAGAAGCCGCUGGAAAUUAGUCUUCGUGGCCAUAACCUCCCUCCAGACUUGAUGAAGAAAACAGUAGAGAACUUUGGGGUUGAUCUGGAAGGAUUUAAGAAAGAAAUGCCUGCAGUAAAUGUUGAAUUACAUAAACACCGCCAUUUACUUAAAGUUUGGGGCAGUAAAGAGGAUAAGCGAAGGGUUGAAGGGAUGAUCUCUGAGCUGAUAACCUCUGUUAAACAGAAUGCCCUGGUUCAACUUCCGCCAGGGAGUGUUGGAGGAAGUAAGGAUAAGCAGAGGGUGGAUGACAAUGAGCUGGCGCAGGACGCAUGCCCUAUUUGCUUGUGCGAGACUGAAGAUCCUUUUGAGCUUGAAUCAUGUGGGCACAUGUUUUGCCGGGCUUGCUUAGUGGAUCAGUGUGAAUCUGCCACGAAAUCGCAUGAUGGGUUCCCUGUUUGCUGCCUGAAAACUGGGUGCAAGAAGCCCUUCCUCAUAGUUGAUUUGAAGCACCUGGUGUCUAAUGAGAAGCUGGAGGACCUAUUCAGAGCUUCCCUGAGGGCAUUUGUUGCAUCUAGAGCAGGAACCUAUCGCUUCUGCCCGACACCCGAUUGCCAAUCCAUCUACCAAGUGGCAGCUCCAGAUGCAGAGACCAAGCCUUUUGUCUGCGGGGCUUGCUAUGUCGAGAUCUGCACCAAGUGCCAUCUCGAGUAUCAUCCUUUCAUGUCAUGCGAGGCUUACAAGCAAUACAAGGAAGACCCAGAUGCGACGCUGCUUGAAUGGCGCAGAGGGAAGGGGAACGUGAAGAACUGCCCUUCGUGUGGAUACACGAUCGAGAAAUCCGAGGGCUGCAACCAUGUCGAGUGCAGGUGCGGCAGCCACAUUUGCUGGGCAUGCUUGGCGAACUUCAGGAGCAGCGAGGAGUGUUAUGGCCAUCUCAGGUCUGCGCACCAAUCCUUUGUGGACAUUGCGUAGAACCUGGAUGUAGAUAUUUGCAAAUGCUGGCUGAAAUAAUUAUAUUUGUGUAUACAAUGUAGGAUGAUGAUGAUGUUCGUCUGUCUGUACAUUAACCUUGCUGUAAUUGCAUGAUGCCAACUAGUGCACAUCAGUCUCUGUGUCGAGAAUAUCUUAACCAUUCUAUCCAUGUUUACUUAAAUC